CCGUUUACAUUAAACAUUUUGGACAAAUUUACAUUUAUGAUUCAAAUUAUUUUAUAAAAAAAUGUUUAUAACAUAAGUAAAUAUUUUAUUAUUCUAAUCCGAAUACAUGGGUAAUUAUGAAUUAAUCACAUUGUUUACAUAUAAACGAAUCAGUCGUUUACUACAAAAUCAAAACAACGAGCUACAGAAGAAGCGCAAAGUGAUAUUUCGGGUCCUAUUAUAAUAUUUUACCGUAUUUGUUCGAGUUAUAGAAACGGAUUUCAUUGAAGAAACGAAUUCAUAAAAGUCAAGAAGUAUGGAAGAAUUCUCUCGCCUAAAAAGUAUGUAUCAAAAACUAGCUGAUUUAAGAUUGAACGGUGACUUCUGUGAUGUUAACUUGGAGGUGAGAGGGAAAAAGUUUUUUGGUCAUAAAGUUGUUCUUGCUGCAUGCAGUAGAUAUUUUGAAGCAAUGUUUUUAACGAGUAUGCACGAAAAAAAUCAGUAUUCAAUUUCUUUGUAUGACAUAUGUCCAGACGUUUUUAGUGAGUUGUUGGAUUUUUCUUAUGGAAAAACUCUUGAAAUUGAUUCCAAAACUGUGGAAGAUAUUGUCAUUGCAGCAGAUAUGUUGCAAUUUACAGAUGCAAUUGAAAUUUGUGUAAGGUUCAUGAAAAGUCAACUAGAUUGCACAAAUUGUACUGGAAUAUACUGCUUUGCAAAGCAGCAUGCUUUUAAAGAUUUAGAAAAAACUGCCUGGGAGUUUAUGCAGAGUCAUUUUUAUCAAAUAAUUUCAGAAGACGAGUUUUUAAAUCUACCAUUUGAUGUUCUAACAAAUCUUGUCAAAAGUGAACACAUUGCAAUUGAGUCUGAACUUGAUGUUAUGUGCUGUGUUAUUAGAUGGAUUUCACAUGAUGUUCAUCAAAGAAGAAAACAUUGUGUCUCACUUCUAAAGAAUGUAAGAAUUAAUCUUAUACCUUCAAAAGAAAUCGAUAAUAUUCUUUAUUCAAUUUCUGAUAUUUGUUUGAAAAUUGCUGUAAAAGUUUUAACUGGUGGUGGUAAAUCAUUUGGUGGAAAAUCCGGUUCAUCAGAAUCAUUCCAUCAAAAGUUUGACCCAGAUAAAUCAUUUGAGCCAAGACAGAGUGCGAAAAAAGGAUUCUAUGCUAUUGGUGGAUGCGUCCCAAAAAGCAGUCGUCGAUAUACUUGGGAAGCGAAUAGUAUGGAUGCGGUCUCAUUUAUUGAACGAUUUGAUUCUUUUAGUCAAACUUGGGAUCCGUAUCCAUUAUCUCUGCGUGAAGCAAGAACUAAUCUUGCAGCCGUUGCUGUAAAUGGUAAAAUUUAUUCAAUUGGGGGAGAAAGAGAUUCUAUGAUAUAUGGGAGCAUGGAAUGCUUUGAUACCUUGUUAAAACAAUGGAAAUGGGAUCUUCCAUCUCUUUGCGUUCCAAGAUGCUCUUGCCAAGCUGUUGCAACUGACACUGAUAUAUAUAUAAUAGGUGGGUUUGUCGGAACGGGAGCUGGAAACUCUAUUGAACGCUAUAAUAUAGAAACAAAUGCAUGUGAAAUCGUGAACUUUACAAUGCAAACUGAAAGACACAGUUUUGGUGCUGUUUGUGUUGAUAAUGUUAUUUAUAUGGCGGGUGGAGUUGGACUCUCAGAAUGUGAAAUGAGAACUGUUGAAUGCUAUGAUUUAGAUAGACAUGAAUGGUGGUUUGCUAACGAUAUGACAUUCAAAAGAGCAUAUUUUAAUUUGGUGUUUUUAAAAGGUUUCAUUUAUGCAAUCGGUGGACAUAAUGAUAUCCAAGGAACUCUAAAAUCAGUUGAAAUGUAUGAUAGGUUUAAAAAUGCAUGGAAAUUGUGUUCACCAAUGAAACAAGCUAGAGCUGGUGCUUUUGUCUCUGUUAUGGAUCAAAAAAUUGUUGUUGUUGGAGGGAAAGUGAAGUCUCAGAAUCUUGAUGGAGAAGCGAUUUGGGAUGUUUUGCAUACUGCUGAAAUAUAUGACCCUAAAACUAACACAUGGAAUUCUAUGGAUAGGUGUAAUUUUGAUGCUAGAUGUGAUGGUGUAGCUUUAGUUGUGUGAUAUUUUUAUUUGAUACUAUUAUAAGUAACUAGCAGGAAUUUACAAACUGAUUGAUUGCUCCCACAUCUCUAGAGACUUGUCCAUCAAGCUAACACUAUUAAAACCUCAUCAGGUUUUCAUCAACUAUGAUUAAUUAAGAAUUUGUUCAAGAAGAACAGUAUUAUCAUCGGGUACAGUGGUUCCCUGAACUAUUGCAAUAUUUUUAUUUGGUCAAGUCUCCCAAUCACUCUAUUUAUUGCAUUGCAUUUUACUUGGAUUUCCGCUUUUCAUUGUUUAUUUGUCUCAUUUUAUUGAUCAAUACUUCGCUCAUUAUCAUGUUUUUUCGCCAUUGAAUCAAAUGAAAUAUUCGAUCAUUGUGAUGAAAACAAAGCCACAGUAGAUUAGAUGGUGAAUGGUUGGAAUGACUUUAAUUUUUCAAAUACUAAAAUGGCCUGAAUCGAAGUCUACAAAAUGGCAUUACCACAGCCAGGUGGGUCCGAACCCCGGAUCCAUUAACUCUUACAGUCUGACUUGGCAGUUACAAAUUUCAGAACACCCCGCCUGGCUACGACCCUAACCACAGCCUUCCACAAUUAUCUUUGGAUUGGCGCUGAAGAUUCUCGUUUGUAGGACCUUUUACUUGAGCCUGUCUUCGAGAGUUGGUAUCUUUAUCCCAGUUCUCUCAUGUGUCAAAAUGUUCCAUAAUAUAUUUAUUUAUAUAUUUCAUCCAUCGAUGUUCCCACUGUGCUUUUAUUGUUGUGCAAUCUUUGAAAACCACUGUAGAGUGUUGAAUACAGCAAAAUCACUUAAAAGCAUGCUGCAUUGUAGCAACUGAG